GAGGGCGGGGCCCUGCCGGCUCCCGUCCCAGCGGCCCCGCACGGGCAAGGCCGGGCCCCGCCGCCGCCGCCCGCCUCCCCUCCGCAGCCCGGGCCGCCGCAGCCCGCGGCCGCGCCUUCCCCUGCACGGCUGCCGCCCCUGGCCCCGCGCCCGCGCCGCCCGGCUCCGCCCCGGAUCCUUCUGCGCAUGCGCCUUUGGGGACGGCUGAAGAAGUCUUCACCAUAGCCCACGUUACCAUGGCCACCCACUUCUUCAAGGAUCAGGGGGAGAGAAUCAAGUGUGUUAAGGGGGACCUUUUCUCAUGCCCCCAGACGGACUCAUUGGCUCAUUGCAUCAGCGAGGACUGUCGCAUGGGUGCAGGCAUAGCUGUUCUUUUUAAGAAGAAGUUUGGAGGCGUACAAGAGCUGUUGGAUCAACAGAAGAAAACUGGGGAGGUGGCAGUUCUCCAAAGAGACGACAGAUACAUAUACUACCUGAUUACGAAGAAGAAAGUUUCCCACAAACCAACGUAUGAGAAUAUGCGAAAGAGUUUAGAAGCCAUGAAAACUCACUGUCUCAACAAUGGAGUUACUGACAUUUCCAUGCCUAGGAUUGGAUGUGGACUUGACCGCCUGGACUGGAACAAAGUGUCAGCAAUACUUGGGGAAGUGUUUGAAGACACAGAUAUUAAGAUCACAGUUUACACUCUGUGAUCAAAACACUGUAAAGAUAGCCUUAUUUCCCCUGCUUUCAGAAGUGUCAACUUUUUAACUGAUCGAGGGGAAACUGCAUGCUGAGCACAUUCUUAUUCUGAGCGUAGCUCACUAUCGUGUUGUCAGUGGCAGUAGCUUUAAAAAGACAAAACCCAGAGCAGCUGGUUUGAGAUGUAGUAUUUAGGGAUCCUGUGAAGAAGGCAGGGGUCUUGUGGGAGCCCUUGGGGAAUUUACAGUGUGUCCUAGGAAGCCACCAGAUGUCACUGGUCCUCCACCGAGCACCUGCAUGCAACGGAGCCUCUGCAUAAAGUUGGCAGUCCCCAUGCGGAGUGAAAUUAGAGCUGUCUAGCACUUAGAUAUCUGUUUUGUUGUUCUGGUUCAUAAUGAUGAACUGUGGAGCCCCUGUGACUUUAUUUUAAAGUUUUGCAAUGUUCAUGUACAGAAUAGAGGUUAUAUACUUUGUUCUUUAAAGGAUUAAAAAUUAUUUUUUUAUCUUCUGGGCAUAGAUACUUUUUUUUAAAUGAGAUUGUACUCGCUAAGAACCAUGCUGUCAAUAUUAAGUAAAUAACUUUUCAGUAUUCUGCUGUCCGAUCAGAGCACGGUCCUUGUGAAAAACCAUACCAGUGUCUGUAUUUAUUGUAGCUAUAUUCUAGAGGCAAGCUGGGUUUUGAAAGAGAAAGCUGUAGAUGUGGGGAAAAUGCCUUGUAGGUGCAUACAAUUGGUGUAGUCUGCCGAACACAGUUUUCAGAGAGUCCUCACGUAUGAAGUCCUGAUGUGCUGUAAAAGGUAGUACUGAAGAUACGGGUUGGUUUUCAUAUUUAAUUUUCUACUGCAUUUGUAGUUUAGCUGUUAUGGGUGGGUUGGUGUCUGAUGUUCCCAAAUUGCAAAAGCAAAUCAGUAAGUAGCACUUAAUUCAUCAGACCAUUGGUAAGCAUUUGGUUCUUCGGAAAGUUUGGUUCCAGUACUGAAGGACUGUUGUAUAAUCUUACUGUCCUCUAUGCUUGAUUUCCCCCCACCCUCAUAAUAACAAAUCUUUUGAGUUCCCUUAUCCUGAAUGCCCAGAAAAAUGCCAGGCACUUCCAGAUAUGUUGAAUAAACCUAACAGAUGAGACAUAACACUUAGAGAAGUUGUUAGCAUAAAAGAGCAUUCCUAAUAGUUACUUUUCACUAAACAUUGAAUGUAUGAAGCCUUUUCCUUUUUGCCUGAGCAUUGUGGGUGAAUAUGUAUUGUAUGUUUGCUUUGCGAAUUCCGUUGGUGUCUUUAACAGCUUUGUAUUAUUUCUCUCCCUGUUCGUUGAUCAUCCUUUAUUUCUUUGUAAAAUUCUUUUCUGGUAGAUAAUUGCUGUAGCAAAUACACAAUCGUAAAAAAAAUAAACUGAGUAAGACAAA